AAAGUAGAGAGAGGGAAAAAAAAGUGCGCUAACCUCAUCACCGUCGGAGCCGAGGCGCAAGCGCCCGGCAGGCCCGGCCCGGCACUACACUGUCGGUCCGCCAUUUUGGCAGCUGCUCGGCGGCGGGUGCGAGGCUGGUGUGUCGGCGGCUUCCUGAGCACGGCGCUCGCUCCUCGGUGCCUCUCUCUCUCUCCUCCACCAUCUCUCUCCCACGAAUAAAACAGCGAAAAGCAUCUGUAAAUUUUUUUUUAGCGGCUUAAAAUAAAACUCGGCCAGCCCCUUCCCGGCAGAGAGAAAACCCUCCCCCCGUCGAGCGCCUCAGCUUCCCCCCCGCCGGAGAAGAUGGAUGACCGCGAGGAUCUGGUCUACCAAGCCAAGCUGGCCGAGCAGGCUGAGCGCUAUGACGAAAUGGUCGAAUCAAUGAAGAAAGUAGCUGGUAUGGACGUGGAGUUGACAGUUGAAGAAAGGAAUUUGCUGUCUGUGGCCUACAAAAAUGUCAUUGGAGCACGGAGAGCGUCCUGGAGGAUAAUCAGCAGUAUUGAGCAGAAGGAAGAGAACAAAGGUGGAGAGGAAAAACUAAAAAUGAUCCGUGAAUACAGACAGACGGUUGAGAAUGAGCUGAAAUCAAUUUGUAAUGACAUUCUGGAUGUACUGGAUAAGCACCUCAUUCCUGCUGCCAACACUGGGGAGUCGAAGGUUUUCUACUAUAAAAUGAAAGGUGAUUACCACAGGUAUCUGGCAGAGUUUGCAACAGGGAAUGACAGGAAGGAGGCAGCAGAGAACAGCUUGGUCGCAUACAAGGCGGCUAGUGAUAUUGCAAUGACAGAACUUCCGCCAACGCACCCCAUCCGCUUAGGCCUUGCUUUGAAUUUCUCUGUAUUCUAUUAUGAAAUACUCAAUUCCCCUGAUCGUGCCUGCAGAUUGGCAAAGGCAGCAUUUGAUGAUGCAAUUGCAGAACUGGAUACCUUGAGUGAAGAAAGCUACAAGGACUCUACACUCAUUAUGCAGUUGUUACGUGACAACUUGACACUAUGGACUUCAGACAUGCAGGGAGAUGGGGAAGAACCAAGUAAAGAUGUGGUGCAAGAUGUUGAUGAUGACAAUCAGUGAGAAGACAUGGCGAAUGAGAAGACCCUGUCUGCCCCUCUCCUGCCACCCCUAUAGUCCCAGUCCAAGCUGAGAACCAGUAAAUUUGAUGUUGGUACUGGACCUCAGAAUUAGCUAUGUGCCCAUUUGGGUUCCGAGGAUUAUUUUUGUUUUUUAUUUUUAUUUUUUACUUGUUUAAAAAAAUCUAAAGGCAAUGCUGGCUCUCUAUGGAUGCUUAACUGGGACCUGCUGUCUUUGACUAGAUAUCACAGUCCCUUAAAUCUUUUUGAAUAAACUGUUCAAUUCUACUAAAUACAGCUUUGUGAAUAAUUCAUGCCUCCACCUUUUUACCAGUGGCAAUCUGAGCAGUGAAUUGGUGGUCAGUCAUGAAUCGCAAUGAUUGAUCUGAGCCCAGCUCCUAUGAAUGCUGCAAAACCCUUUGGUCCUUUGGGGGGUGGGGGGGGAAUAAUUAGGCAUUUACAACACACCAAACAGUCUUAACCACCUUUGUGAUUGCAUGCUCUUGGUUUGCUUUCCUCCUUAAAUAAAAUGUACAUGCACACUCACUACCUAAGCAAAUAAAACUGUGUUCUUUGUGAGCAGUUGUGAGCUUGCUCUGAGAGUCUUUGAGCGUGAUGUGCACAGUGUUUUCUUUGUUUUUUUAACCCUGAAGGUAGCAGGUGCCAGUUACAAUCCAUGGGUAGUCCUUUGCUGUUAUUUUUUGUCCAUCCUGGCAGAGCAGGUCUUGUUUGAGCUGCUGUUGAAGCCUGCAUGCUUUGUUAAAACAAGUUUUUUUUUCUGACCCAUUCCUCCUCUUUCUCUCCCCCCCUGCCCCUGCCCCCUUCUCUUUUUCUCUCUCUGUUCAGUAUGUGUAACUUGAAGCUAAUUUGUACUACUGGAUAUAUCUGACUGGAGCCACCGAUACAGAUCUGUAUCCUUCUUACUGAAACACAGCAUGGAUUAAUAUUAAACUUAAAAUAAAAGAACCUAAAUUAA